AGAACAGCAGAUUAUGUCUGCAGGAGAGAGAGAGAGAGAGAGAGCGAGAGAGAGAGACUCCGUUCAGUAAACGCUCCCAGGACUUUUGCAGCGCAUGCGAGGUGGUCGACACAGAAGUUUCUUAAGAAACCUUCGCUAAAAAAAUAAAUAAAAAUACUACCUUAAUGUCGGAACUGCUGGAUCCGUGCACACCGAUGAUAUGGUUACCUUUAUUACGGUGCUACAGGUGAACCUUGUGAUGUCCGCGCUGCUGUACCUGAUGUUCCUGGCGUACCUGCUGGGGUUCCAGGCCCGGCCCUCGGACCGGCGCCCGCCCGCCCAGGACCCCGUCGGCGCCCUCAUCAUCCAGCUCCUGCAGGAGGGCCUCUCCCGCGAGCGGCAGCGCGGCGGCGGGGGGGCGGCGGAGCCUCCCGACGGGGAGACGGGGCCGUCCGAGAGGGAGGCGCCCGGCCCGCACGAGCACGAGGCGUGGGAGGACUACCCGGAGGCCGCCGCCGCUGAUGCCCCCCUCCUCCUCCGGCGGGCCGCCCCGGACGUGGGCGCCGACCUGCUGCGGCAGAGCAAGCGCUACAGCUCGCCGCGGGUGCUGCUGAGCGACCGGCCGCCGCUGGAGCCGCCGCCGCUCUACCUGAGGGACGAGCACGCCGGCGGGGGCGGGGCCAACGGGACGCGGCGCCGCCGCCACGCCCAGCACCGCAGCUACCGCGGCGAGUACUCGGUCUGCGACAGCGAGAGCAAGUGGGUGACGGACAGGACGGCGGCGGUGGACAUCCGCGGGCGGCCCGUGACCGUGCUGGGCUCCGUCAGGGCCGGCGGCCUGGAGGUCAAGCAGUACUUCUACGAGACCAACUGCCGCAGCGCCCGGCCCGCCCGCAGCGGCUGCCGCGGCAUCGACGACAAGCACUGGAGCUCGCAGUGCAAGACGGCGCAGACGUACGUGCGGGCGCUCACCGCCGAGCGCAGCUCGGUGGGCUGGCGCUGGAUCCGCAUCGACACCUCCUGCGUCUGCGCGCUGUCGCGCAAGAAGCGCCGGACGUGAGCGGCGCUCCCGCUUUAAAAAAAGAGAGAGAGAGAGAGAGCGUGUUUUUUUUUUUUUUUUUAUCAGUCAGGGAGGGUCCCCCGGCUAAGUGUGUGUAUCUGAGGGAGAGGUCCCUUUUUGAGUCUGGAUGUAUGUAAUGGAGGGUCCCUCCUAGUGUGUAUGUUGAAGGGAGGGUCCUCACUAAGUGUGUGUAUGUGUGAGAGAGAGGUCCCUCUUUGAGUCUGGAUGUAUGUAAUGGAGGGUCCCUCCUAGUGUGUAUGUUGAAGGAGGGUCCUCACUAAGCGUGUGUAUCUGAGGGAGAGGGCCCUCUUUGAGUCUGGAUGUAUGUAAUGGAGGGUCCCUCCUAGUGUGUAUGUUGAAGGGAGGGUCCCCGCUAAGUGUGUGUAUGUGUGAGAGAGAGACCCGCUACGUGUGUGUGUGUGUGUGUGUGUGUGAGAAAGAAGGUCCCUCUAAGUUUGUGUGUGAGAGAGGGACGUUCUUUUAAGUGUGCGGAUGAGAGAGGGACCCGCUAAGCACGUGUGUGAGGACAGGGUCCCUCUGAGCCUGUAUAUGAAGGAGAGUACCUCCGUCUGAGUACAUGUGAGGAACUCGACAGUGUGUAUUCAACAGGGUUCUCAAAGGGAUGUUUCACUUUGGUACGUCGCUAGUAAGUUUGUGGAGCUUAGCCCACCGUAUGUGCGUAGCGUAAAAUGCUAGCAACAUCAGCUGUCCCAACCAUUAAUGCCAUCGCUGUUCCUCCUGGUUUGUCAGGCUCCAAAUUCACGCCCAUUCAUUUACGGGGACUGGCCUUAAAACGAAUGGUUUUACAGCGCAAACGAACUAUGGAGGAUAAUACAUCGAUGAAUAGAGAGUACCGAUGUCAAAGGGUCUCUUUUUUUUGAGCUGAUAAGCUGUUUCCAGGUAUAGGCUAGCUAUAAAUAGAGGAGCUGUUUUCAUUGGCCGCUGCGUAGAAAUGCAGCAAGCCGUAGUCUGAUCACUGUAAAGACCCGCUCGGUAAUGUUGGCGGAUUACGAUUAAGGUCGUGUGCUUCUCACGGAAAAGUCGCAGAGAAGUCAUGGCAAAGUUGUAUUGACAAAGGUUUUCUUAAAACUGCGAUUACAAAAUCUCAGAGUUUCAAGAAAACUUUUCAGUAAAUUAAUCCUGCGCAUGCUGUUUAGCCAUUAAUUUAAGAGAACGUUGUUAGACAUAGCAUGCUCAAAUUGCAUUAUGCAAAUAAAACAUGAUUACUGUGGGUCUGUUUGAAUUUUUUUCAAGUUAGUUUUGGUACAACGUGCUGCACAUUGCUAGGUUUGGUCUUUGAUUUUUGACCAGACAUCAUUUGCAAAAAACUUUUUGUUUGUGCUUUAAAAGUAUUCGUUUCGGCAAGGCCCUGAAAAUGAACGGGAGUGAAUUGGGAGUUGGAGAGAGAGGAGGAAUGGCAAUGCCGUAAAGAGCCAAUAGGGACAGCUGAUGUUGCUAGCAUUCACGCUACGCAAAUAUAAUGGGGUAAGCUCCACAAACUUACUUGAGUUAUACCAAAGUGAAAUAUCCCUUUACAUGUGCAUGUAACGGUGAGACCUAAGUGGGUAUGUGAGAGGGUCCAUAAGUGUGUGCGUGUGUGUGUGUGUGUGUGAGGGAGAGACUCUCUACUGUAAGCAUGUAUGUAAGGAAGAGAACCUCUAAGUGUGUAUGUGUGGAAGGUUCCUAUAAGUGUGUGUGUGUGUGUGUGUAUGUGACAGGGUUCUUACAUUCUUACAAGUGUAUGUGCAUGCAUGGGAGGGUCCCUAUAAGUGUGUAUGUGACAGGGUUCUUCAGUGUGUGUGUGUGAGGGAGAGCCACAAAUAUAAAUUAUUUAAAUUAUAUGAACAGCAUGUAGUGCAUAACUUUAUAUAAAUAUAUAAUGUGUAAAUGUGUGUGUUAUUUAUUCAAAUCGAAAAAAAACCUGAAAGUGCAUAAUCUUGUGGAAGACGUCGGAGCGGUCGCGGUGGGGACAAUGUGCCUUUUGCCGGAGUCUUGGGAUGGCAUUCAGCAAGCUUUGCGUCCCUCACGCCCAGGCUCUGGACCACUGGCCCUACGGCGGAGAGAGAGAGGGAGAGAGAGAGAGAGAGAGAGUUCAGCCGGACUCGCCCGCCCCCUCGCUCGCCCCCUCUCGUCUCCAUUCACGCUAAUGACAUUAAUGCAGCGCUACUGUAGCUUUCCGUAUACAGAAAGAGAGAGGGAAAGAGAGAGAGAGAGAGAGAGAAUGUGAGUGACGGUCUUUGAAUGUGUUUAAGGAGGGAAGGGGGGGAUUGAUGAAAGGCGUCGUGAGAGAGAGCUCCUGCCCAUGUUCCUGAUCGCAACUUUUCUCCGUCAGUGAGGAAAGCUUGUCGGGAACGUUGUCUGAUCCAAACUGGAGUGCAGGAGGCUAGACGUGGCUGCCCUUAGCAACACAGGCUAGUCAAACAUGCUAAACCGGACAUAUGGACAGCUUGGUGCGAAUGACCACCCGCGUUUCAUCAAGCGAAAUCAGCCGACACUACUGAACCCGACAUCUCCCGUCUGCUAAUUUCACACAUGAAAAAAUACGUUUUUUUCACGUAUGAACCAGAAACGAGCGCAUCGCACUGCAGUCUAAAAGUAGAAAA